UCUGCUGCUCUUGACCUUUUAGGUGGUAAAGGUUGUAGUUUUGGAAGGUGUUGAUAAACUUGUUGAAUUAUUCUAGUGUAUCUUGUGGAUGGUACACACUUUGCCAGUGCUGAGAGUGGUGAAUUUUGACUGUGUCAGAUGAGGUGCCAAAUAUACACUGUUUUGUCCUGAUGGAUAGUUGCUUGAAUGUUGUUGGGGCUGCACUAAUCAAGGCAAGUGCACAGUAUUCCAUCACAUGCCACAUUACAGAUAGACAGGCGCUGGGGAAUCAAGAGGAGGUGAGGACCUUGCUGAAAAAUUCCCAGCCUUUGAACCUUCUAUCAUCAUCACAGAAUUUAUACAGAUAUUCCAAUUCAGUUUCUGCUGAACGGUAAUGCCCUUCCCUCUCCACCUCCCUCACCCUGUACACGCACACAAGGAUAUGGAUAGUAGGGGAUUCAGCAAUGGUAUUGCCAUUGAAUGUCAAGGGUCAAUGGUUAGAUUCUCUCAGCAGAGUUACAGUUUGGCAUUUGUGUGGCAUGAAUGUUACUUGAUUCCUAGUUUUCAGAGCCAUCCCUUUUUUCACCGAAUCACAGAGUAAUUGAAUGAUUACAAUUCAGGAGGAGGACUUUCAGCCUUUUGUGCACAUGCUGGCUCUCUACAAGAGCCAAUCAGAUCAUUCCAAUACCCUGCACGAUCCUUAAUAAGAUCAGAAUAUAGCACCACUCCCUGAUCGCCUACGGAAAAGUUGAUGUUUAACUUCUUGAACCACUGCAUCUUUGUGAUGAAGCUACUCCCACACUGCUGUUGGGAUAAUGAAAGUGGAGGAAGUGCAGUCAGGAAACUCAAACCAAACAUCACACCAGGAUCUGACAGUUACUCAAAUUAUCACAAUCUGAAUAUCAUUGGAUUUUGCACAUGGAAGCGAAGAACACCAACCACAGUGGGGGGAAACUAAACAUGUAUUCUGUGUUCAGCCAGUCAACCGGAAUGUCAAGGCACAAAUGUUUUGGGAAGCCAUAGAAAUGUGGGAACUGAGAGAAGGAAUUCAGUUACUCAUCUGAGCAGGAAUCUCACAGGCGCAGUCACUCUGGAGAGAAGUUAUUCACCAGCUCCAAGCGUGGGAAGCAAUACAUGCAGUUGUCCUCUCUGCUGGGUCACCAAUGAAUUUACAGUGAAGAUAGAUCGUUCAAAUGACCAGAUUGUGGGAGCUCCCAUAAAAGUUUUGGGGAACUGAUGUCUCAUCAAUCUGUUCACACUGACGAGAGACCAUUCAGGUCCUCUCAUUGCAGGCAAUCGUCUGAACUCAUUGUUCACAAGCGAACUCAAACUGGGGAGAGACCAUUUACCUGCUCAGAGUGUGGGAAGGGAUUCACUCAGUCGUCCACCCUGCUGAGACACCAGCAACUUCACACUGGGGAGAGACCAUUCACCUGCUCCGAGUGUGGAAAGGGAUACACUCAGCCAUCGGAACUUACUCUACACCAGCGAAUUCACACUGGUGAGAGACCAUUCACAUGCUCUGUGUGUGGGAAGGGAUUCACUCAGUCAUCAACCCUGUUGAGACACCAGCGAGUUCACACCGGGGAAAGACCGUUUACCUGCUCGGAGUGUGGGAGGGGAUUCACUCAGUCAUCUGACCUACUAAUACACCAGCGAGUUCACACUAAGGAGAAACCAUUCACCUGUUCAGAGUGUGGGAAGGGAUUCACUCAUUCAUCCACCCUGCUGAUACACCAGCGAGUUCACACUGGGGAGAAACCAUUCACCUGCUCUGAUUGUGGGAAGGCAUUCACUCGGUCAUCCUACCUGUUGACACACCAGCGCAUUCACACCGGGGAAAGACCAUUCACUUGCUCCAAGUGUGAGAAGAGAUUCACUCGGUUAUCCAACUUGCUGACACACCAGCGAGUUCACACUGGGGAGCGACCGUACAUCUGCCCAGAGUGUGGAAAGGGAUUCACUGAUGCAUCCAACUUACUGAGUCACCAGCGAGUUCAUACUGGCGACAGACCUUUCAAAUGCACAGACUGUGGGAAGUGCUUUCAGUGUUCUAGGGACUUGACACGCCAUCAACGUGUUCACACUGAUGAGAAGCCAUUCAGAUGUUCUCACUGUGGAGCUGGGUUCAGGCGAUCAUCUAACCUCACUGUACACCAGCGAAUUCACACUGGGGAGAGGCCGUUCACCUGCUCCCAGUGUGCAAAGGCAUUCACUCACUCAACUGCCCUGCUGAGACACCAGCGAGUUCAUGAAUAACUGCAGUGUUUAGAAUUUGCGGUUAAUCAUGUCCAAGCUAAACUGUGUUCAUUGGAGUCCAUUUCUGUUCAUGUUAAUAAAUUCCAGUCGUUAUAAGGAUUAAUACGCUGGAUAAAAGUCAAACACAUUUGGCUUGGUGUUAGACCCACAGUGUGUCGAAUCUUUGUAAUAUCUCUUUAGUUGCUCUUGAAGGGCACUUCUCCCUAUGUUCUCCAUCUUCACCUCCACCAAUAAUUGUGAGGAGCUCAUGGACUCUGUCAGAAAGAUUGAGCCCAUCCGAUAGCGAUCUCUGCUGCUAUCCUUCCUCUGACCCAAAGGGCCAAAAUUGCCUGUAAACUCAAAGCUUUCUCCAACCAACCUUCAGCCACACUAGCCAGUCCACACUGGAUGGAGAUGGUUUGGAUUCUCUGAUGGUGCAGCUGUGCACCCAUUUGUCUGCUCUAGAAGUCAGUGAUUGUCCAACCGACAUCAGCACCAAGUUCACGCUAGGGAGAGAUUUGCCUUUUUUAAAAUUUGAUUUAUUGUUGUCACGUACCUAAGUAUUGUGAAAAAUUUUGUUUUGUGAGCAGUACGUACCAGAUCAUGUUGCAUAAGGACAUACAGAUCAUAGGGUGUUUAGCCUGCAUCGUGUGGGGGACAGAAUUCAUUUAUGUGACUAUCCUGCUGGCACAUCAGUUAGUUCACACAGAUGAAAGACCUUUUAAAAUCAGGAUUUCAGGAUGGGUUAAAAACUCUCCAUAGAGCCGAUUUGAUAUUAAUGCAUUCACACUGACAAGAGACUGUUCAGCUACUCCCACUAAAGGACUGAGCUCAGGGGAUUGUGUGAUAUCAGUAUCCACCAACAUUUUCACAUUGGGGAGAGAACAUUCACCUGUUCUAUGUACCCAGUCGUCCCACCUCCAAACACUUGACCACACUUUUUUUUUUUGAAAAAGGUUUUCAAUGUUCUGUAAGCAAACGUUUAAAAGUAAAAUGGACUAGCUGACAUAGUAACAUAUCCACACAGGCUGUUCAUAUGCUCCAUGCGCAGGAAGAGGUUUACUCAGUCAUCUUAGCUCCUGGCACAACACUAUGUGACUACAGGGGUUGUAUUCUGCUGUUACUGGUGCUGUUCAUCACAUCAUGUUUAUUUUUACAGUUUGAAUUGGCUUCUGUUGAUGUUAAUAAUUCCAGUAACUGGGCUGGAGUUCAGCAUCUGGAUAAAUGUCAAAUCAAUAAUCUUUGGUGUAAACACAGUAUUUUUGGAAUUUAGUCUUCUGCAGCUAUUGUUUCAGGCUAUUCUGGUGGUAGGAUUGUAAAGCAGGAACAGAAUUUAAGCCUGGACACUGUCUUAGACCGCCAUGUUGAGAGUGACAAAUGCCAUUUUAGUCUUUCUCAUCUGUCUUUGCUGACAGAAAGGUCCCGCUCUGAGUUAAUCCUGAGGUAUAUAAGAAAAAUGUUCCAGCUGCUCUGGUUCAGAUUCUAGACACAGAAAGAAGCUCCUUUACAGUUGUAAAGUCCAGAAGAACAAGGUGAAUGCUAGAAACAGGCUGUCAAAUCAGUGAUCCGAUGAUGGCAAGACAGUGAUCUGUUCCUAACUGAAAGUUAAACAGCAAAUGUUUCCAAUCUGAAAAUAACUGUGGUGCUAUAGUGUGCAGAGAUUAUGUAAUAAAAUUUUGCAAAAUAAAA